AUGUCGUCUGCUGUAUCAACUCCAUCUUCUGCAGCCUCACCUGGUGCCGUCGCACCAUCCCUGGCACCCGCCAUGCAGUCGCAGGCGUCCCCCGCCGCUAUGUCGCCGAGUCCCGGCCUUUGCGGUUCCGUCACCACCAAGGAAUGGGUUAUUCCGCCGCGACCGAAACCCGGAAGAAAACCAGCCACCGAUACACCCCCAACCAAAAGAAAGGCUCAGAAUCGCGCUGCGCAGCGGGCUUUCCGUGAAAGACGUGCUGCUCGAGUCGGUGAACUCGAGGAACAUGUCAAAAAAAUCGAGGAUGAUUUCGAUAUCCGUGAAUUGGAUCUCAGAAACAAGACAGUCAGCCUCUCUAAAGAGUUGGAACAAUCCCAGAAUGAGGUUUCGUGGUGGAAGAAACGUUGCUAUUCGCUUGAGCAGGAGCUAGCUCUUGAAAGAAAGGAAAUAGAAGCACUACGGAAACAGAAUACCGCGGCAAUUCCAGAUACUGUGCCGAUCAACAUACGUAGAACAAACAAGUCCAAAUCCAGUGAUCAAGUGGUCGAAGAUAGCGCAACAAGCCAUCCUCAUGCUGUAACUGAGCAACAAGACCAUCUCGCAGGUUGUGGUGGUUGCUCAACGACUCAUUGCCAGUGCCUGGAAGAUGCCAUCCAGAUCUCUCACUUGGUCGAUAAAUCCACCCCAAAAGACGAUGGAAAUGGAACUCAGGAGCCUGCGGUAAAAUAUGAUCCGGACCAGAUGGAAAUAGAUUUCACGGAACGCUUUGCUGCGACUCGUGCACCCGCUUCAGCUGAUCAUAGUGCUACCUCUACGCCUCCAGUAGAGCGCUGUGGAUUCUGUGGGGACGGCACUGCCUGCAUCUGUGCAGAAAUGGCAGAUGCAGCCUCGAGACAGGAAGCUCCCGAGCAGAAUCGUCUUGCACCUAUCCAAAACUACUCGGCAUUCACACCACCCCCCUCCGAUGGCGAUGUGCGGGAAAUGACAUUGCCGCCUAUCACCCAAGCUACAAACCCCUGUGCCAACGGCCCUGGAACUUGCACACAGUGUCAAUCUGAUCCUCACAGCACGCUGUUUUGCAAAACUCUAGCUGCAUCGCGCGCCGCAAGUGGGCUCUCUGGAUGCUGUGGUGGUAAAGGGACCGAUGGUGGUUGCUGCCAAUCUCGACCACAACCUCGUGUCUCCGUUGCCGUUGACGCUACGCCUCUUACUUUGACAUGCGCUGAUGCAUUUACUACACUGUCGCGUCACCCAAAUUUCUCACAGGCUAGUGAUGAAUUGUCUAGCUGGCUUCCAAAACUACAUACUUUGCCCAAGCCACGCGAGCCCUCUCUGGGUAAUGGACUGGGUGCUAGCAUUUCUAGUAGGCCAGCUAUGGAAGUGGAAGCUGCUAGUGUCAUGGGAGUUUUGCGAUACUUUGACAGGAGGUUUGCUUCAAAGUAA